AGUUAUACUACAGCUAUUAUCGGAAAGAGAAAAAAAGCCAUUUUAUUUCGCUGCCACCGUUUAACUACCACUUCAAUCAAUCCAAACACUUCCUUAACCCUUUUUAGUUUAAUAACUUUAAUCUCCUUUUCCUCUUCGAUCCCACGUUGCCACUGUACACAGCCAUGGUAGUUUUCCUUCAACAUCAGAUUCCACCGCACAAAUUGUUAUCUCAUCGAUCCUGACACUCUUCCAAUUCUUUCAUGCUGGGUGCAGAAAUUGAGGACUACAGCAUAUAAUAGACAACAAGGUUUUAGUGCAAUGGCAAUGGGGGAGUUCACCGGGACCGGGAGCGAGUACGUGACCGUAGGUGAAGUGCCUUCCCCAAGAGCAAAUCACAUGAGGAAACUUUCAGUUCUACCACUUGUUUUUCUCAUCUUCUAUGAGGUAUCGGGUGGACCUUUUGGUGUUGAGGAUACUGUGAAAGCAGCGGGUCCUUUGUUAGCUUUACUUGGAUUUUUUGUUUUUCCUUUCAUAUGGAGUGUUCCUGAAGCUUUGAUUACUGCUGAAAUGGGUACCAUGUUCCCUGAAAAUAGUGGUUACGUUGUUUGGGUUUCGUCUGCUUUAGGUCCUUUUUGGGGGUUUCAGCAGGGUUGGAUGAAAUGGCUUAGUGGCGUGAUUGAUAAUGCUUUGUAUCCUGUUCUAUUUCUUGAUUAUCUUAAGUCAGCGGUUCCGGCGGUAGGUGGUGGUUUACCUAGAGUAUUUGCAACGUGGGGUUUGACUAUAGUUCUUACUUAUUUGAACUAUAGGGGUUUAACCAUUGUUGGACUUGUUGCUGUUUGUUUAGGGAUUUUCUCGCUUCUCCCAUUUGUUUUCAUGGGGUUUUUGUCGAUUCCAGACAUGAAACCUGAAAGAUGGUUUGUUGAGACAAACCUAAAUGACGUUGAUUGGAAUUUAUAUUUGAAUACGCUGUUUUGGAAUCUAAAUUAUUGGGACUCCAUAAGUACUCUUGCUGGUGAAGUUGAAAAUCCCAAGAAAAAUCUUCCCAAAGGUUUGUUUUAUGCUUUGAUCCUGGUUGUUGUGGCGUACUUCUUUCCUCUUCUGAUUGGUACCGGUGCUGUUCCGGUUCAGCGCGAGUUGUGGACUGACGGGUAUUUCUCUGAAAUUGCUAUGAUCAUUGGAGGAGUGUGGUUGAGAUGGUGGCUUCAGGCUGCAGCUGCAAUGUCAAACAUGGGAAUGUUCGUUGCCGAAAUGAGCAGCGACUCUUACCAGCUUCUAGGAAUGGCUGAGAGGGGAAUGUUGCCAGAGUUUUUCACCAAGAGGUCUCGUCACGGAACGCCUCUUAUAGGGAUUCUUUUUUCAGCCUCUGGUGUAAUUCUACUAUCAUGGCUUAGUUUUCAAGAAAUUGUAGCUGCAGAGAAUUUCUUGUACUGUAUUGGGAUGAUUCUGGAGUUCAUUGCAUUCAUAUUGUUGAAGAUCAAACACCCGAAUGCCCCUCGGCCUUACAAGGUACCAGGCGGAACGGCCGGAGCAAUUAUUAUGUGCAUCCCUCCUACAAUUUUGAUCUGUGUGGUAUUAGCUUUCUCUUCCCUCAAAGUAUUUCUUAUAAGCAUCGUUGCUAUGGCAAUUGGUAUUGUGAUGCAGCCUUGUCUCAAAUUUAUGGAGAAAAAGAGAUGGAUGAAGUUCUCACACAGUCCUGAGCUACCUGAUUUUGUCAAUGGAGAGGACACUCAAUCUUUGGUGCAAUAAAUCUGUGCUGUUUCAAUCUGUUCGAUAAUAAUGUGGAAAGGUUGUACUCUUUAUGGUCCUUCAACCAUAACAGUUAAACUUGUCACCUUAUCCACAACACAACCACCAUCAAAGGGAAGCUUUGUAUUUCAUGCUUUUGACACUUUAGCUAUUUAUCUGUCUGUCUGUAGUUUUUUUUUUUUGGUACCAUCUAUGUCUGUAGUUUUGUAAUAGAUGAGAUGUCAGUUAGAAACUUGGAAGCUAGUAUUUAGAAUGUCUUUAUUUUUGUUUGGUUCCCUGCAUCAAAUUUGUUAUGUAUACAAAAUUUAUAUAUUUUGAACAUUAAUAAAAUGAUGUUGAGCAACUUACUUCA